AUAGGGGAAUAAGAGCCCCAAAAAAGGAGCCGACCCAAACAAUGGGUGUGUUUCGAGCCGUCUGAAAAAUUAAGCGGCAUAGCUCCCUCCCUCCAUCUUCCCUAAGCAGCAAACCCUGCAAAAGCUGCUCUCUCUAUUCACACAUAUCCCUCACUGCUCAGAAACUGCUUCACUAAACACUACACACCAUCUCUCUCUCCUCUCUCUAGCCUCUCUUCUCGUUCCAUAUAUAUAAAUCCCACUUCUAUGCUCCCAUAAACCCCACAACCAAACUCUCUCUAUCUUUCUUUUCUUGGGUUUCUAUCAACACAUAGAAGAAAACAUGCCAUCAGCUGAUAACAGUGAUCAACGGCGCGCUGCCAAGCAGCACCAAGUCGGCGCGCCGCCGCCGGAGCCGGAGCACCUCCGCUGUCCGCGCUGCGACUCAACGAACACUAAGUUUUGCUACUACAAUAACUAUAACUUCUCCCAGCCGCGCCACUUUUGCAAGUCGUGCCGCCGCUACUGGACCCACGGGGGCACGCUCCGCGACAUCCCAGUCGGCGGCGGGAGCCGCAAGAACGCCAAACGCUCGCGCACCAUCCCCAGCUCCAGCUCCGGCGCCGCCGCCGCCACAAACGCCGCCGCCUUCCCCGCCCACGACUUCCGCCACGCCGCCGCGCCCUCCUCGUUCCUCUUCCCGCUCGGCGCCGAUCACGCCGGCUCCGUGCCCUUCCCCGCCGACAUGGUGAAGCCGGGCUUGAACGUGUGCGGGAGCUUCACUUCCUUGCUCAACACCCAGGGGCCUGGGCUUUUAGCGCUAGGCGGGUUCGGGCUCGGGCCCACUAUCGACGACAUGGGCUACGGCUUCAGCCGAGCCGUGUGGCCCUUCCCAGGCGUCCCCGAAGCCGCCGCAAACGGCGGCACCGCCGCCGUCUUGAGCGGCGGCCCUUGGCAGCUCUCAACCGGAGAAAACGCCUUCGUUAACGGCGAUUGUUUUGGCUUGCCAGAUCUUGCAAUUUCUACCCAGGGAACCGGCAUGAAAUGAAACAAAACAAAACCAAACCAAAAUGAAAUCAUCUCUUCUCUAUAGAAAUCGUAUUUUUUUUUACGAGUUUUAGGAUUCGGAUUUGUACGAGUUGAAAUGGUAGUUUGGAAAAGCCUAAGAGAUCAAAAAUCCUUGUAAAUUUUCCAACUUUCUGGAGUUAUCUUGUAUCGGUUGGAGUUUUAUCAAACCUUGCAUGUAUGUCUGUUUCCUUAAUUACCUCAAUCAACAAUACUUCUCUUAUGUUAAA